AUGUUUGGGAAUCUGUGGACGCUGUGUUUGUUUCUGUGCUUCUCAAUGGUUGAAGCUCGUAUCUGGGCCUGGAUGCUCAACAUGCCUCACAGUCCACCCAAAGAAGGAACAAAGGCACUUCGAGAAAACACCCUAACAGCCAAACCAAUAACGGUAAGACACUGCUGGAUUAAAUUCAUGUUCAAUAGCUCUACCAUGAAAGAAUAUUAUUACUUACCCAUAUAAAACAUGUACCAUUAAUGCGUCAAUAUCUGUUUUGUGCAUGAAUUUGAAUUUAACCAAGUUUUAGUGUUAAUAUCUGUAAAGUUUUAACAGUUAUCCUGUUUUUUGCAGGCUGUAUGUGAUCAUGACAGAGCCUGUGGGCGGGGCUUCUCUUGUGACCGACACUUUGGUCUGUGCGUUCCUCUGAGAGGGGAAGGUCACUACUGUAGGAGAGACGCUCAGUGUGUCCGCGGGCUCAGCUGCAUGUUUGGGAAGUGUCACCGCAGUAUCCCAAACGGACAAGAAGGUAAGACUCUAAACAACUCAAGUCAACCCGAUAUGGCACCUUUCAAUCAUGCAAUCUUGAAGCAUUUUGAGGUUAAAUGACUGGUUUCUCUUUCACAGGUGCAAGAUGUAAAGUUGACAGAGAUUGCGGUGCAUCCAUGUGCUGCGCCCGACACCACGGCGAACAAGUGUGUAAGACACGUCUGCUUCGUGGCGAGAGCUGCUACGUUCCUGAUGGUGGCCUGGCAUUCAGCAUAAACCAGAUCUGUCCCUGUGAUGAGGGACUACUGUGUCGAGGAAACAGUGCACCACAUCGAAGAGAGUGAGUAAAAGCAACCAACUAACAUGCAUUAGAGUCCUAGAGAGUCAGAAGUUCAUUCUCUUAUAAUUAUGCAGAAUCUAAGUGGUAUUUCAAUGUAUCGUAUUUACUAUUGAUAAAAUGUAGUGCAAAAGAAGAACUAAAAGAAGCUAGGAAAAAUAAACUGAAUGAUGGUGAAAUAGCUCCAGGAUCAGCCAAGACUUUAAAACAAAAGUGGCUGCCUCUUUUUAAGGUUGUUUAUUAAGAUUUUUUAAUGCAUUUGUCAGUUUUUAAUUGUUCUAACUUUUGUUUGUUUGUCUUUUAGGAGGGAUUUCAUCUACCAUCCAGAACUACCAAACUGGACCUGCCAAAUUCCCAAAGCUUGA